AAUAUUUUAUACACCAGUCACAAUAUAAUUAUGCAUGCAUGUUCAGGUUGUAACGAGACUUAAGCCAAGGUAAAAUAUUUUUUGAUAGUAGAUUCCCUCUCCAUUUUCCUAUCCUAUCCUAUCCUAUCAUGAAUUCAAAACAAAUUCCAGUAGGUACACUUGUGGCCACAAAUGAAAUGAGAAAGGGUUCCUAAUUAAAAGUUUAUAGAAUUAGAUAGAAAUUUAUGUUGAAAACAAACUAUAUACACACACAAACCUUUUCUCCUGAUCUCUCAUAUCAUUAUCCUAUGCUUUGAUUUUCACCUUAUCAAAAUACAAUUCAUUAUCUUAUUAUAAUCAUUUCGUCACACCAUAAUAUAUAUAGAGGAAGAUAAUACUCAACAGAAACAAAAUUCUUAAGCCAUGUCCACCUUUCUACAAAGUUCUCUUUCACAAAAAAGCUUAUAUUCAUUAUUUCCUAUGAUUUUCUUCACUAUCUUCCCACUAUUUCUUAUUUCUCUUUUCUUCAUCAUCAAAUAUUGGUAUGUCAACAAUUCUUCUGUCACACAAAAAACCACACUAGCUUCACCUCCAAGAUUACCUAUACUUGGUAAUCUCCAUCAACUUGGCAUAUUGCCUCAAAGGUCACUCCAAAAUUUAUCACACAAAUAUGGUCCUUUAAUGCUUCUUUAUUUUGGGAAGUUUCCAGUACUUGUGGUUUCCUCUGCUGAUGCAGCAAGAAAAAUAAUGAAAACUCAUGAUUUGGUUUUCUCUGAUAGGCCACAUAGUAAAAUGUUUGAUAUCCUUUUUUAUGGUUCUAAAGAUGUGGCAACUUGUGCAUAUGGUGAGUAUUGGAGACAAAUAAGGAGUCUCAGUGUGAUACACCUUCUGAGUAGCAAAAGGGUUCGAUCUUAUCAUCAUGUAAGAGAAGAAGAAACUUUAAGAAUGAUGGAAUAUAUUAAGGAGAGUUGUUGUUCUUCUGCAUCACCGUUGAAUUUAACCGAGUUGUUGUCUACAAUUACUAAUGAUAUAAUAUGUAGGGUGACUUUUGGAAAAAGAUACCGUGAAGGAAGAGGGGUGAAAUUGCAGGAGGUGUUGUCUGAGUUUGAGGAGUUAUUGGGCACUGUAUUUAUUGGAGACUAUAUACCUUGGCUUGAUUGGUUGGGGAAAGUUAAUGGUUUGGAUAGAAGGGCAGAAAAAUGUGCCAAAUAUUUGGAUGAGUUCUUAGAACAAGUCAUUGAGGAGCACAUUAGUCAUAGAUUCAGGAAUGACACUGUUGAUAAUGAGGAGCAUAGUGAUUUUGUAGAUGUUUUGCUUUCAGUUCAAAAGACUGAUGCUAUUGACUUUCCAAUUGAUAGAACUUCCGUAAAAGCUGUGAUACUAGACAUGUUUGCUGCAGGUACAGACACUACCUACGCAGUCCUAGAUUGGGCAAUGACAGAACUGUUAAGACACCAAACUGUGAUGCAUAAAUUGCAAGAUGAGGUCAGAACUCUGGUUGGCAACAAAACUCAUGUAACUGAAGAAGAUUUGGUUAACAUGAACUAUUUGAAGGCUGUGAUCAAAGAAACACUUCGCCUCCAUUUACCGGUUCCCUUAUUACUCCCUCGGAAAUCUAUGGAAGAUAUCAAGCUAGAUGGUUAUGACAUUGCAUCAGGGACACAGGUAAUAGUGAAUGCUUGGGCAAUUGCAAGAGACCCUUCAAGUUGGGAAGAACCUCUAGAGUUUAAACCAGAAAGGUUUAUGAAUAGUUCCAAAGAUUUUAAGGGAUUGGACUUUGAAUUUAUCCCAUUUGGAGCAGGACGAAGGGGUUGUCCUGGAGUGAUGUUUGCUAUUGCUGUGAAUGAAUUGGUUCUAGCAAACCUUGUUUACCAAUUUGAAUGGCAAUUGCCUGAUGGAGUAGCAGGAGAGAAUUUGGACAUGUCUGAGACUGGUGGCAUUACUUGUCAUAGAAAAUACCCUCUACUUGCAGUAGCUUCAAAAAUAUGACAAAAAUGAAUAAACAGUUACAUAGUCAAGAGGCCAAGACUGACAUUAUUAAAUAGUACGAAAAACUGAAAAUAGUUCGAAAUUGUAUUUUAAUUUUUUUGUUAUUGUUAAUAACUAAUACAGUAUAACUGAACAAUGUCUAUUGAUGUUUGAACUUUGAACAAAUUUAGUUUUGAUGUA